ACAGAACGACGACGUAUGAAGUAAUACAAUCAGCUGAUGCAAUCGAUUUGCUUACCAUUCAUCCGAUUGACCGAUUUGUUGAAACCCAGAAAAUCGAAACCCUAAUCUCAUCGAAUAUCGUCAUUUCCUCUCUUUCGUCGAGACUUCAGAAUAUCACAACCAUGAAGAGACCGUGGAAUGACAAAGAAGAUGAUUCAUCGGAUGAUGACUCAUCAUCAAGUGAUACUGAAUCAGAAGCUGAAGAUGGACCCGAAAAGUCAAAGUCAUCACGAAAACCAUCCGAAGUAAAAUCUGCUAAACGAAAAAGUGGUGGAAUUGAUUUUGAAGCUUUGAGACGCCAUGGGUAUAAAGGAGGCCUAUCAGUCCUGAAAGUGCCACCACCGAAGGAGGAUCCAAAUCGAGACUGGUCGUGGUCUACCGGCAGGGAUAGGAACAAAGAUCAGGAGGAGAGCGAGGAAUCAUACAAAGAGCGACAGAAAACAAGAGCUGCUUUAGCAGAUGGUGAAGAACUCGCAACUGCUAUAACUUCAAAAGAGAAGAAGUCCUUUGCUCAGAAGGAAAAAAGAAAGAGAGACCUCGGACAGACUAGUAGAGGAAAGAACUAUGUUGAAGAAGAAAAGAGGACGUUAAGGGACAGCGGUGUAUAUUCUGGUUUCGAUUGCUGAAACAUUGCAAUCAAUACCUGCUUUAAAUUCAGAAAACCCUUAAUUCCAUGAUAUUUUCUGGCUAACUAGGAGUGUUUGUAGGGUUGAAGAUGCAUUUAUGAUGAAAAUACAAAUUUGAUUGUUAUGAAGCUAUACUAACUAGUUAUAUGCAGGUGACUAAACAAACAGUUUCUAUUA